AGCAGCGGGGGUUGCGAUUGCGCCAGGACAAGGGCGGGGUCGUCAAGCGCGGCGUAUUGAGUGUUCCCCAAAAACAACAUUCUCUGAUGUAAGUUGCGAUUCAAGCUGGCAUCAACGCGUGCCAGCUCGCCCAAUCUUACAAUGACCGUCCUCUCGAACUCGUCAAUUCAGUGAUUUUCUCUUCUCCUGUCUUUGCUGCCUCUUCCACCGUCGCUCUGACUUUCGAGAUACCUCGCUUGGGUGCUGUCCAACGACCCCAAGCCGGUACCAACAGUUGCAGCCAUCCGUCCCAGCGCGGAUCCGCGGACCUCAACCAUCACACCGCAUUGGUCAAUCAUGGCCGUCUUUGUUGACUUGGGCGACGAGGACAAUGUGCCGUCCCAGAACGGAUCAUCAUUGUGGAACGGCCAAGUUGACCCGACCAAGUCCGUCCAGAUGGCCGGGCCGGGCGGCACCGCACCCGGCGGUGGAGGCACCAACGCCCACACCGACACCGCGGACAACCAACCCGAGCAGGCUCACGGGCUUGCCGUCAGGGAGAACCUGAACCGGAACUCCAUGACGCAAGCUCUGGGAUGCUAUCCUAUCAUCAUGUCGGUGGCCGCCUCCAUCGACCUCAACACGCUCGACAACCUGUCGCGGACCUGCCGCCAGAUCCGCCAGGGCCUGCUGCAGUACCGCAAGAUGCUGCUCGUGUCGACGCUGCAUUGCGUCAACGAGGACCUCCCCGUCGACCCGGAGGAGACGCUGCGCUACCGAGCCCGUGCUGGCAACUGGUACUACAUGCAAGACGCAGGGCGAGCCACUUAUUACGGGAAGGCGGGCCAAUGUGCUCGGGACCUGGUGGCCGAGUGUCGCCGGUGCGGCACCGUCGUCUGUCGGAAUUGUGCCAUCAAGCCGCCGGCUCCCAUUGUCCUGCGCGACCGACACCGGCGCCUCUGCGAUGCAUGCGUGCACGCGCCCCUGGGCUCGCUAGUCAAGCCGCCCCUCGGCCCUGAAAUCCGCGUCGACUCGGACGACAUGGAACGAGCGAUCUGCAGAUGUGCUUCGGACGGCGUCUGGCUCUGCCAGCCGUGUGGCAGAUCCAUCCUGGGCGAUGAUAUGGAGUACAAAGGCAUCUGGAAAUGGCGCAACCAGUACACCGAAGUCCUCGGCGGACUCGGCACCGGCAUCGGCGAGGGCGACCGCGGCGUCAUCUGCGGCCGCGAGAGCGAGUGCUGCGCGGCGCGCGAGCGCGAGCAAGAGACCGACGGCGACGCCGAGGACGCGCGCGAGGCCGAACACUACCAGCACUCCUCCGGCACGCCGCACAGCAUCGCGAGCAGCAGCAGUAGCAACAGCAGCACCACCACCUCGUCCCUCUCCCCAUGGGCCCUGGGCGGCGGCGCCACCAGCCUGGGCAGCCUGGGCAGCCCGUCGUCGGGCGCGUCGUCGCUGCUCGGCCGGCGGACGCCGAGCCCGGCGCUCAAGCCCGGGUACGAGAGGCACGAGAUCGAGGGGAUCGGCGGCGUCAUGAAGAAGAAGCUCGUGCGGAUGGUCCGGGUCGGCGCCUGCGUGCCCGAGUGGGAGGACGAGCGCGCCAAGGGGGACAUCCUGGGCCGCGAGAUGCAGGGGCUGCGGCGCAGCUGGUGCGGCUGGUGCCGGCGGGUGAUCCCCUCGAGGAAGGACUACGAGAUGGAUCGGCAGGCUGAGGGCAAGGGCAAGGGGAAGGAAAUGGAGCGCUCGGCGAGCUGACGAGGUCCAGGCUUUGCCGGUUUUCUUGGGCGGGUAGUGAAAAUCAGUGAAUCAAGGACCUACUCUAUGGUGACGGACUCAAAGCCGGCGGGGGUACCCCAGGGUCGGGGGAGGGGUGUAGGGGAGUAACAGGAAAAAAACGGACAUAAACCUUGAGACGAACAUCAUGCGUAAGCCCGAAAUCAUAGCCACCAACCUGAG